GUUACUUCAAUUCGUAAUUACUGUGAUCAAACCCUUUCAAAUUGUUCUUAUCUAGAUGUUCAACUCUCAAUUCUGCUACUUUAAAAUCUUGAUUACAUCAGCUAUGAAGGUCCGCAAGAUGAAUUUGUGCCACACUUGUCGAAAGCGAAAACUUCAGUGUGAUGGUAAGCUUCCAGCAUGCUCGCAAUGUCUGAAUAGCAAUCGAACCUGCGAAGGAUAUCCCGAGGCCCUGUUCGUACCAUUCAUAGCGACUAAAUCUGGCGGAGAGGCAGGGAAAUUGUGUAAAGCCCCAGCAUUACAAAUGGGUCCAUCAUCCGGACCCUCUCCUAGUAACUCCGCCUUAACUGUUCUAAAGUGUAAGGACACACCAAAUAUCUCUCGUGAGAUGACUGGAUUGUACAAGGGUUCAUCGUCCCUGUCCCAUCUAUGUUCAACGGGACUUGAUACCGCACAAGAUAUCAUCUUGGUGAUUUUACGUAACUACGUUCCUUUGGAUGGAACUGGGUUUGAGACUCCCACAUCACUUGUACAAUCUCCUAGGGUAUGUGGCUCAUGGGUCACAGCCUUACCUGAACUGACUAUCGAUACAAUUGGCCCCCUUGCCGAAUGUCUCCAAUCGGCGACAAAUGCACUAGCUCUGUCUAUCACUGCUUAUCGAAGUAGUACAAACAUGGUCGACUCUAUUUCUACUCAGUAUGAGCAUAGUCUCCAUCUUUUGGCGCAGAAUCUGGCAGUGGUUAACAGUGUAUAUCGAAACGAGCUUGUAGCAGCGGUCAUGUGUUUAGCUCUGGUAGAGGUUCUCUCACCAAUACAUCCAUCCAGUUGGCUAGUACAUGUGGAAGGAGUUGGUAAAAUGUUCCAACUCUCACCUCCCGAUCUUUUUGCAUCUGGUAUUGAACACACGCUAUUUAUAGGCUUUAGACCACUACUAAUACUUCGAGCUUUCAUUCUUCGUAAGGCGACCUUUUUGGAAACGAACUCUUGGGUCCAAAUUCCCUUUCGAAAUCAUUUUGCUUCACCGUUGCAAAGCCUUCUAGGUGUGGCAGCGUGUAUUCCAGGAAUUUUAGAGCGAGUAGAUAUGUCAAUGAACGGUCCCUAUACCGCUAGUGUAGAAAUUGCGCGGGAUCGAAUUACAGAGCUGAUAGAUAGUAAAGCCGGGCUUCAAGCUUGGCAUUCUUCAUAUCUAAAAAGUUCAUCAACACCGCUCUACUGGCGACGGAGGACUGAGGCCGAAGUUGAAAAGAACGUCGAUCUGUGGUGGUUCCGAGACUUGAGCACUGCCAACGUAUUUAUCUACUUUUGGGCCUUCCAGAUUAUCUGCUUAAUAGACAUUCAUAGUCUUUUUGAGAAGUAUCCAGAAGUUGAGCAAUCUGUCUUGAAUUGAGCGUGAAAAUCUACCAGAGCAUGGAAUACAUUUUGCAAGAUGAUUUCAUGCUUUAUGGAGUCUCCUCAGCAUGUUUUCCUUUACAGAUAGCAUGUGGAGCGCUUGAUCUAGAUGAAAGAGGGCGGGCCAUAUUCAAGUCAUUAGACCACACGAUUAUAAGUCGUAGUAAAAUAAGGAAUACAUGAGCAUUGUGUGAUCAUAAGGUCAGAGCUAUAGGCAAGCACUCUUAUAAAUAUCGUCGUCUAUCAAACUUAAUUGUUUUUGAAGUUUAUAAAUCUGUUUUCUUUUUACAGGAGUCGUACCUUAUUGUCUUUUUAAUCCAUGAGCAGGAAGACAGAUAAGAACCCUAACUAUUGUUCCAUGGACUUUUUUACUAACCAUUGAUCUUAGCCUUCAUUCUGAUUAGAAAAUAGAUGUAUAUAACA